GCCCUGUACCAGCAGCAGAGGGAAGAGCGAAGCGAGAGAGCAGGCCAGCAGCAAGAGAAAGAGAGAGAGAGAGGAAGAGAGAGAGAGGGAGAGAGAGAGAGAGAGAGAGAGGAGUGUAAUGCUGCUGCAGACAUGGAGCUGCGCGCAGAGCUUCUCAAAUCCAUCUGGUAUGGUUUCACAGCCUUGGAUCUGGAGAAGAGCGGUAAGGUGUCCAAGUCUCAGCUCAAGGUACUGUCCCAUAACCUGUGCACAGUUUUAUGUAUCCCACAUGACCCAGUUGCUUUAGAGGAACAUUUCAGGGAUGAUGAUGACGGGCCGGUCUCCAGCCAGGGCUACAUGCCUUACCUCACCAAAUACAUCCUCGAUAAGGUCGAGGAGGGCAGUUUUAAGAAAGAGGAUGUCGAUGAGCUCUGUUGGACUCUUACGGCAAAGAAAAACUACCGGCCAGACAAGAGCAGCUGCACCAUCCUGCCAGAGAAAGAUGCUUUUCGGCUUUGGUGUCUUUUCAACUUCCUGUCUGAAGACAAGUACCCUUUGGUUAUGGUCCCCGAUGAGGUGGAGUAUCUGCUAAAGAAGAUAUGCACGGCUAUGAGUAUUGAGCUCAACUGUGUUGAAUUAGAGGACUUCAUCUCCCAGGAGUCAGUGCAGCUGAAUGGCUUCACUGUGUGGGUUUUUCUGGAGAUGAUGAACUCAGGGAAGAUAACCAGAGGAAUUGAUAAGGCCACAGUCAGCAUGGCUAUAGAGGAAGUAUACAGGGAAAUAGUUGGUGAUGUUCUCAAAGAGGGCUAUCUGUGGAAGAAAGGCCAGUUGAGGAGAAACUGGAAGGAACGCUGGUUUACCUUAAGACCGAGUAACCUGUCCUAUUACACUGGGGAGGACCGCAAGGACUGCCAAGGCAACAUAGUGCUGGAUGGAAACUGCUGUGUGGAGGAAGUAGACGAUGAACAAAUAUUGUUUGGUCAUUCAAAAUGGAUCAAAAACAUCCUAUUACCUGUGUUGCCAGACAGAGAUGGGAAGAGGUGCAUGUUCUGCCUUAAAACGCUGUCUAAGACUUAUGAGAUGAGUGCCUCAGACACAAAGCAGAGGCAGGAAUGGACUGCAGCCAUUCAAACAGCGAUCAGGCUGCAUGUGGAAGGGAAAACUUCCCUCCACAAAGACUUGAAGCUGAAACGUCGUGAGCAGCGUGAGCAGCGUGAGAAGAGGCGGCAGGCCAAGGAGGAGGAGCUGCAGAGGCUUCGAGCCCUGCAGGAAGAACGGGAGCGAAAACUGGCGGAGCUGGAGCUCCUGAAGGAGGCGCAGAGGCAGGCUCAGGCCCUGCUGGAGCAGGACGAGCAGAGGAGGCGCCAGCAGCAUGAGCAGCUCCAGCGGGCCCUGGAGGUCCAGCUCCGGGAGGCUGAGGAGGCGCGAGUCAGCAUGCAGGCAGAGAUGGCUCUGAAGGAGGAGGAGGCCGAGAGGCAGAGGAAGAGGAUCCAUGAGCUGGAGGAGAUGCAGAGGCGUUUGGAGGAGGCUCUGCAGCAGGAGAUCAAAGCCAGGAGGGAUGAAGAGGCCUUCCGCUACGCCCAAGCAGGGUUGCUGGCUGAGGAGGAGGAGAAGAUGAAGGCCCUAAUGGCCCUCCAGGAGGAACAGGAGGAGUACAUCCUGAAGACCCAAAGGGAGAAGCAGGAGCUGAAGCAGGAGAUGGAGAACAAGUCCCGGGCCCUGGACGAGGCGCAGAGGCAGCUGGAGGAGGUCCGGGCCAACCGGCACAGAGUUGACCAGGAUGUUGUGGCUGCCCAGAGGAAACUUCGCCAAGCGAGCACCAAUGUCAAACACUGGAAUGUACAGAUGAACCGGCUGAUGCGUCCAAUUGGACCGGGCGAGAAGAGGCCAUCGCUGGGCAGCUCCUUCUCCUCGUUCCAGAUCCCAACGCAGAGAGACCCCGGACUGCGUCUCAGGAUGAAAUCAGAAGAGAAGGAUGACGAGAGCAAAGAAAACGUUGACAGCAGUGCCGGGUGUGAGAAACGCCUCUCCCAUGCCUCGAACGGAGACAUGGACAUCCCCUGAUGGCGCCGCGUGGGCUGUGUGUCUGUGACAUUUUUCUGAUGAGAGGGACAUCAGAAAAGGGGGCGAGAGACGACGAAAUAAUGUGUUAACUGUGUGACAGGAACUGAGUUUACUACCAUUUGUAUUAGAUAUUUAAUUCCCUCACCUCACCUCACAGACAGCAACAAUUUAAAACAGGUUUUAACAAGAAACUGCAUGUGUGGUAUUCACUGUUAAACUAAUGUUUUUAUUGCAGCCUGUGCUCGGGCCUGCGCUAGUUACAAAUAAUACCUCAGAGUCAACAAAACAAGUCAUCUCUCAUUUUCAGUGCAAGGCCGUUUGUUUAAAGCCCGUAGCAUCGGUAAAGGAAGCUCUGUAAUAUAGAUAAGUAAAAUAUUUUAUUGUGUAUUUCUUUUUCCUCUCACAAAUGCCUUGACUCUUUACAAUUAGGCGAAAAAGUUAAAGCACAAUUUCUUCCUCUGCGUGUCUCUCCAAAUCAACAGGAAAAGAGGCAGAGAGAGAAAAGCCUUCACACUUCCUGUUUCCAUUGUCAGUUAACCUGCUUGUAAAUACAAGACUGAGUGCCUUAACCAGAGGGUUUUUCUGUUUGAACCCCAUUGUGCCAAAAAUCUACACAUGCAGCACGCAAAGUAACUGUAUUGUAAACCUGCCUUUGUAAUAAAAUGUAAU